AUGAAGUUCUUACCGCUCUUCGCCGCCGUCGCAGCUUCGUUUAUCUUGCAGGGGGAGGCCCACGCAGCCAAUAUCGCCCGUCAAGAGAUUGGCACUGUGACCCGUGUUACUGGCGGUGGUGAGGAGGAGCCUACAAACAUCCAGUACCAGCAGCGUCAAACCAGUAUCGACCACAAGCACAAAAAGCACAAGCUCUCAGAGCUCUUCAACCGUAAAGCCAACUUCCUCUUCGAGUCAGACGACCCCCAAGCCCUCGAGCUCGAGCUCGAGCCGCUCCUCUACGAAGCCUCAGUCAUCAUCAACACAAACUGGGUCUCUCAGCCCUACAAAAACGAGCAGCGGGUCAUCCCCUAG